AUGAAUCCCAACGGCCUACCUCGGUCUGCUCUUCUGCUGUUGAGUAUAAUGUUGGGCUUUACCGCGGCGUUGGAGUUUACCGGCUCUGAAGGCCAGUGGGCUCGCUACCUCCGCUGGGAUGCUAGCUCCCGAAGUGACCUCACCUUCCAGUUCAAGACAUCCCAAUCAAACGGCCUGAUCAUCUACUUUGACGAUGGCGGAUACUGCGACUUCCUCCUGCUCACGUUAAACCAAGGGAAAAUGCAGCUACAGUACAGCAUUGAUUGUGCCGAAACUACCAUCACCUCAGACAAAAUGGUCAAUGACAGUCGUUGGCAUUUCGCUGCGAUUAAUCGGCACAACUUGCGGACUGGUUUGGCCAUAGACGGUCAAACCAAAACUCAGGAGGUGCGCCCCCAAAGGCAGUUCAUGAAGAUUGUCAGCGAUCUGUUUAUCGGAGGUUUACCGGGGGACAUACGCACGUCGGCCAUCACCUUGCCCUCUGUCCGUGAGCUUCCGCCUUUUAAGGGAAUUAUCAGCGAUAUGAGUUACGGAAGUAAGCUACCCAGGCUCAUAAAUAGUCAGAAGGUGCGUCUGGAGAUGAUGGGGCUAUGCACAGACAACCCCUGCGAGAACGGUGGAAUCUGCUCCCUGGCAGAUGGAGAAACGUACUGUGACUGCUCCAAAACUGGAUAUGUAGGUCGAUACUGCACCGAAGCUGUCCAACGGAGACAAGGUCAGAACUAG